GUCUGCUUGCUCGCAGUUGCCCACAUUGGCGAACAUUUUCACGUUCAGAUUUUAAGAAAUUUUCUUUUGAUUUAGUUAUUUUAUCCCUUCUUAAGUGCCUCUUGCUACUAAUUUUCUACGAUGGCGGCAGGAGACGUUGACCAGCGGAUUCGAGACACCCAGCGUGAAUACGCUGAAUUCCUUGAUGACUAUAACCGUGAUGGAAUUUACACACAGCUAGUGAAGGAUAUGGUGAGCAACAAACAAACUAGAUUAAUAGUUAACAUCAAUGAUCUCCGUCGUGUAAAUGCUGUGAGAGCUAAUAGGCUGCUCACCAAUGCUUUUGAGGAGCAAUUGGCAUUCCAAAGAGCUCUUAGAGAGUUUGUUGGAGGCAUUGAUUCCAGCUAUAUCAAAGAGCAUGAAGAAUUCUUUAUUGGCUUUGAAGGAAGCUUUGGAGCUAAACAUGUCACCCCAAGAACUCUCACCUCUCGUUUUAUUGGAAAUUUAGUCUGUGUAGAAGGCAUUGUCACUAAAUGUUCUCUGGUUCGACCGAAAAUCGUCCGCAGUGUGCACUAUUGCCCAGCAACAAAGAAAACUAUCGAACGACGUUACACCGAUCUGACAAGUUUCGAUGCUUUUCCAUCAAGCGCUGUUUACCCAACAAAGGAUGAAGAUGGUAACUUACUGGAAACAGAGUACGGUCUAUCGUCGUACAGAGAUCAUCAAACUCUGACGAUCCAGGAAAUGCCAGAAAAAGCGCCUGCUGGGCAACUACCUCGAGCUGUAGACAUUAUUUGUGAUAAUGACUUGGUUGAUCGGUGCAAACCUGGCGAUCGUAUCCAGGUUAUCGGUACCUUUAGAUCGUUACCAGGAAAACAAGGAGGAUACACUUCUGGAGCUUUCAAGACAAUUCUACUGGCCUGCAACAUUGUACCUUUGAGCAAAGAAGCAUCAAUCUUGAUCACUAGUGAUGAUGUUCGCAAAUGUAAAAAGUUUUCUCGCAUGAAAUCUGUCGACGUCUUCCAACUCUUGGCGAAAUCAUUGGCGCCAUCGAUCCACGGACACGAGUACAUUAAACGAGCUCUUCUUUGCAUGCUGCUUGGUGGUCUUGAGAAGGUCUUGCCAAACGGUACACGCCUCCGUGGUGAUAUCAACAUUCUACUAAUUGGCGAUCCUAGUGUAGCCAAAUCACAACUUCUUCGCUACGUCCUCUUUACGGCGCCCAGAGCCGUCGCCACAACAGGCCGAGGUUCGUCUGGCGUUGGUUUAACGGCAGCCGUUACCACAGAUCCCGAGUCGGGUGAGCGACGAUUGGAAGCCGGAGCCAUGGUUUUAGCUGAUCGCGGCGUUGUUUGCAUCGACGAGUUCGACAAAAUGUCUGACAUCGAUCGUACAGCCAUCCACGAAGUCAUGGAACAAGGAUCGGUUACCAUCGCCAAAGCUGGCAUCCAUGCUCGUUUAAAUGCUCGUUGUUCUGUUCUUGCUGCUGCCAACCCAGUUUACGGCCGCUAUGAUCAGUACAAGACACCGAUGGAAAAUAUUGGAUUGCAGGAUUCGCUCUUGUCUCGUUUCGAUUUGCUGUUUAUCGUACUGGAUCUGGUUGAUGUCGAACAAGACCGUCGUAUUGCCGACCACGUAGUUCGGAUGCAUCGUUACCGAGCUUCUCACGAGCAAGAUGGAGAUCCGCUCCCGCUUGCCAUGAACUUGGACAUGCUCUCGACCAACAAUCCGGAUGAAAACGAAGCCACCGUCCAAGAGACGCCGCUUUAUGAGAAAUAUGAUGCCCUUUUGCACGGCUCUAGUCGUUCCAAAACGGACAAAAUCGUUAGUAUGCAGUUUAUGAAGAAGUACAUCCACGUCGCGCGAGCACUAAAGCCGACAUUGUCGCAAGAAGCAGCUGACGCCAUUGCCGAAGAAUAUUCGCGACUCCGUUCUCACGAAGUUGAAAACCCCGACGUAGCGCGCACCCAGCCGGUAACUGCUCGUGCCCUCGAAACGCUGAUCCGUCUUUCGACGGCCCACGCCCGUGCACGUCUAUCUAAAGUCAUUGACGCUGAUGACGCGCAUUCGGCAAUUGAACUCGUCCAAUUCGCAUACUUUAAGCGAGUGCUAGAGAAACAGCGAAAGAAGAAGAAGAAUGACGACGGCGAAGGAGAAGAUGAAGGCGAUACCGAGGACGAAGAGGAAGCAGAAGAUAGUGCCAAUGAAACGAUGACAUCUGCAGCCGAUUCUCAAAAAAGAAAGCGAACUCGAACCACUCCAGAUGAUCCUUACGAAUUUGAUACCACCACUAGCCAGCCGACCACAGCUAGUGGCUCUACGACCAAACGUCCGAAAAGGGGAACGCAAGAUUUGACUACUUCUCAAAUGUCUAGUUUAGGUACAGACUCCGUCCCAAUGGACACUAUCGAUGAAGACGAUACACCCGCCUCCAUUACGGAUGAGCGUUUCAAUUUGUUCAAGAAGUCAUUGACUCAACUAUUCCGUGAAUCACGUGCCCAGUCACUGCCUUCAAGUCGUUUCCGCGACUACCUGGUUGAACAACAUGCAGGUCAGCCGUUCCAAUCCCAUGAAAUUCGAGCAGCCUUCGAACGAAUGACGGAUGCUAAUCAGAUCAUGGUAGCCGACGACAUCAUUUUCCUUAUCUAAUUCGUAUUAUUUUUUUAAGAACUUUGUAUCGGCGUAAUUCUUAACGUCUUCCCGUAUGCACUACUUUUCUCUCGGUCCAACUUCAAUAAUAAAAUUGAAAAUGCAA